UCCCUGCGUGUCCUAACCCUGCACGUCCCGACGUGUGAGACCAGCCCUCGUUAGAGGUGGCGCGAGUUGCGAUCUGCGGCUUGUGGUUCCCCUCGCUUGCGGAACUUUUUGAGGAUGAGGACGGCGACCGGGCAGCGCGUGCUGGUCUCCGUCCCGUUGCUGCUGCUGCUGCUGCUGCUGCUCCUUCCCCCACCGCCUAGAGUUUUGGGGUUCGUUGCUUCUUUAGACAGCGACUUCACGUUCACGUUACCCGCCGGCCGGAAGGAGUGCUUCUUCCAGACCAUGAAGAAGGAGGCCACGUUGGAGAUCGAGUUCCAGGUACUAGACGGAGCAGGUUUAGAUGUGGAUUUUCACCUCGUUUCACCAAAACAUGAAACCCUAGUUUUUGAACAGAGAAAAUCAGAUGGUGUCCACACAGUGGAGACAGAGGAAGGUGAUUACAUGUUCUGCUUUGACAACACAUUUAGCACCCUAUCAGAGAAAGUGAUUUUCUUUGAACUGAUCUUAGAUAACAUGGGAGAAGAAGAAGAUGAUUGGGAAAAAUAUGCAACUGGAACAGAGCUUCUGGAUACGAAGUUAGAAGAUAUUCUGGAAUCUGUUAACAGUGUGAAGGCUCGGCUUGGCAAAAGCAUUCAGAUUCAAAACCUGCUCAAAGCAUUUGAAGCUCGUGAUAGAAAUAUACAAGAAAGCAAUUAUGACAGGGUAAACUUCUGGUCCAUAGUCAACCUGGCAGUAAUGAUUAUAGUGUCAGCUGUUCAGGUGUACAUGUUGAGGAAUCUUUUUGAAGAUAAAAGGAAAACUAGAACUUAACACAAGAGGGUUUCAUUUAAAGCAAUAAAUAAGGGAAUUUGCAAUACAAUGAUUAAGAAAAAGAGAUGGCUAUUAUUUCUCAGUUGUUUGAAAUGGAUAAUAACCUUCACAUAGGAUUUUUUAAAAUUGUGAAGAGUGGCUUUUCUCUAACUUGGUGCAUAAUUUGUCUCCGAUGCCAUUUGUCUUGCACAGAAUACUGGAGCAAUGCCAGAUUUUUAACAUUUGUAAUUAUAUGUCUAUACUUUUUGCCUAGCUUUUUUUAAAAAAGUAAAUGAUUUGUUUCAUAACCUUA